GCCCGGCCGCCCAAGCAGGCCGCGCGCGGGCCGCCGGGCCCGAGGCCGGAGCCAUGGGCGAGACCAAGAUCAUCUACCACCUGGACGGGCAGGAGACGCCGUACCUGGUGAAGCUGCCCCUGCCCGCCGAGCGCGUCACCUUGGCGGACUUUAAGGGCGUUCUGCAGCGACCCAGCUAUAAGUUCUUCUUCAAGUCUAUGGACGACGAUUUCGGAGUGGUGAAGGAAGAGAUCUCGGAUGACAAUGCCAAGCUGCCCUGCUUCAAUGGCCGGGUGGUGUCCUGGCUGGUGUCAGCUGAGGGCUCGCACCCAGAGCCAGCUCCCUUCUGUGCUGACAACCCAUCAGAGCUGCCACCGCCCAUGGAGCGCACAGGAGGCAUUGGGGACUCCCGGCCCCCAUCCUUCCACCCUCAUGCUGGUGGGGGCAGCCAGGAGAACCUGGACAAUGACACAGAGACGGACUCCUUGGUGUCUGCCCAGAGGGAGCGGCCACGCCGGAGGGAUGGCCCAGAGCACACAGCCCGGCUCAAUGGAACUGCCAAGGGGGAGCGGCGGCGAGAGCCAGGGGGCUAUGAUAGCUCGUCCACCCUUAUGAGCAGUGAGUUGGAGACCACCAGCUUCUUUGACUCGGAUGAAGAUGACUCCACCAGCAGGUUCAGCAGCUCCACAGAGCAGAGCAGCGCCUCACGCCUGAUGAGAAGACACAAGCGGCGGCGGCGGAAGCAGAAAGUUUCACGGAUUGAGCGGUCCUCGUCCUUCAGCAGCAUCACGGACUCCACCAUGUCACUCAACAUCAUCACGGUCACUCUCAACAUGGAAAAGUAUAACUUCUUGGGCAUCUCCAUUGUGGGCCAAAGCAACGAGCGUGGGGACGGAGGCAUCUACAUUGGCUCUAUCAUGAAGGGUGGGGCCGUGGCUGCUGAUGGACGCAUCGAGCCAGGAGAUAUGCUGUUACAGGUAAACGAGAUCAACUUUGAGAACAUGAGUAAUGACGACGCGGUCCGGGUACUGCGGGAGAUUGUGCACAAACCGGGGCCCAUCACCCUGACUGUAGCCAAGUGCUGGGACCCAAGUCCACGUGGUUGCUUCACACUGCCCAGGAGCGAGCCCAUCCGGCCCAUUGACCCUGCGGCCUGGGUCUCCCACACUGCAGCCAUGACUGGCACCUUCCCUGCCUACGGCAUGAGCCCCUCCCUGAGCACCAUCACCUCCACCAGCUCCUCCAUCACCAGCUCCAUCCCUGACACAGAGCGCCUAGAUGACUUCCACCUGUCCAUCCACAGUGACAUGGCUGCCAUCGUAAAAGCCAUGGCCUCCCCUGAAUCUGGGCUGGAGGUCCGUGACCGCAUGUGGCUCAAGAUUACCAUCCCCAAUGCUUUCAUCGGCUCGGAUGUAGUGGACUGGCUGUACCACAACGUGGAAGGCUUCACUGACCGGAGGGAGGCCCGCAAGUAUGCCAGCAACCUGCUGAAAGCCGGCUUCAUCCGCCACACUGUCAACAAGAUCACCUUCUCCGAGCAGUGCUACUACAUCUUCGGCGACCUCUGUGGCAACAUGGCCAACCUGUCCCUCCAUGAUCACGACGGCUCCAGCGGCGCCUCUGACCAGGACACGCUGGCCCCUUUGCCUCACCCGGGGGCCGCCCCUUGGCCCAUGGCUUUCCCUUACCAGUACCCGCCACCCCCGCACCCCUACAACCCGCACCCAGGCUUCCCGGAGCUGGGGUACAGCUAUGGCGGGGGCAGCGCCAGCAGCCAGCACAGUGAAGGCAGCCGGAGCAGCGGCUCCAACCGCAGUGGCAGCGACCGGCGGAAGGAGAAGGACCCGAAGACCGGGGACUCGAAGUCGGGCGGCAGCGGCAGCGAGUCGGACCACACGACGCGCAGCAGCCUGCGGGGACCGCGGGAGCGGGCGCCCAGCGAGCGCUCGGGCCCCGCCGCCAGCGAGCACAGCCACCGCAGCCACCACUCGCUGGCCAGCAGCCUGCGCAGCCACCACACGCACCCGAGCUACGGCCCCCCUGGCGUGCCCCCUCUCUACGGGCCCCCCAUGCUGAUGAUGCCCCCACCGCCUGCAGCCAUGGGGCCCCCCGGAGCCCCUCCGGGCCGCGACCUGGCCUCCGUGCCCCCCGAACUGACCGCCAGCAGACAGUCCUUCCGCAUGGCCAUGGGAAACCCCAGUGAGUUCUUUGUGGAUGUGAUGUGAGCAGGGCCCCUCCCCCACUCCCAGCCCACCCCCGCCCUGGCCCGCUGCGUCCCUCUCUCCGUCCGUCCGACUUUUUUACUUUGUCUGGUACCUGGAAGGGAAAUAAACGGAACUAAAUCCAGGCGCGCUAACUGCUCGCUGGGCGCAGCGAGGGCGGGGUGCACCCACCGAUCGCCACCGCAGCCCCUAACCUGCCCCCUGCCCCAGCUUGUCCCUCUGCCCACUAACCGCUGCGCGGGACUUCCCAGCGUCUUUCGUGUCCCUGGGAGCCGACUUGCUGGUGCUGCUCCUUACUUCCCUUUCCCCCGCACACACUUCAGGAGUCGACCCAGCGGUGCCCUUGAGGCCCUGCUCACCCCCUUGUCCCCUCCUUCUCCCCCUCAGUUCCCUUCCACCACUCAUUCAGCGACAUCCUCCCUCUAUUAAUCCCAUCCCCUCGAGCAUGUGUGCCAAUCUCCUGACUUUUCCACACAAUAUUGACACCAAAAAAAUACUUGCUUCAUCUGCCUCUCCUCCUAAGUGUCCCCACCUGCUGCCUCAGUCCUGCAGCCCAGGGCUGGAGUCACCUCCAGUGACCAUCCAUGCUAUCCCUGCCUGCGCUCAGCCCUUACCAAAAGCCCAGGAGGCCCCUCAAGUUGCCUGAGCUGCUAGUGGCUUCCAGAGAGCAUCUCUACUCUCCCCUCCCCCCCACCCUGCCGCGCCCCUAUGCCUGCCCUGUGUGCUGGUUCCUUCAGACCCCUAACCCUACUAACCAGCAGGCUCAUCUCACCUCUGGGCCUGAAACAUUUCUUUUCUUUCUUUUUUCCUCUCCUUAUUUUUCCCGGGCCUGGAGCAGCCAAGAAUUUCGGGCUGUUUGACUUUCUGUGACCCCCCGCGAGGGGAGGCCCUGCCUCCGAGGAGACCAGGACCCCUGCUUCAGGAGCUCCUCAGGGGAUAUCGGAGGAUAUUCAGCCCCCACACCCACACUUCAACAUGCUGAGUCACUAGGCUUCUGUGAAGGUCCCCACGCUCUCUUGCCCAUGUAUGGGAGACUCUGUUCCUCUUUCCAGAAUAUGAUCUCUCUCUCUUUCUGUCUUUCACACACGUGCAAGCGUGCAUGUACACACACACACACGUGCCUAUGCAAGUUUGCUUAAGCCUCAGGGCUGGUCCCUGCCCAGAGGGCUGGACUCUCUCUCCCUGUCCUCUCCCAGGUCGUGGGGCUGGUCCCCUGACAUCCCUCUCCCUUCCUUGUAGCCCUCAAGCCUCCCACAUGUCUCCAUCAUCCUCCUACCUGGAUAAAGCCCCUAAGCCAGGUCUCAGGCCAGGCUCAGCAGGGGACUCUCCGGCAACUGACGGGCUAUUUUCACCCCACACCCUUCCCUAUUUUCACAAUCACCAUGAUACCCCAGAGCAAUGGUGGGCAAGGGGACUUCUGGAACUUCCAGACGGAAUGCCAAAUUUUAUUUUUUACCUUAUUCUCCAAUUUAAACAAAACAUGACUUUCUCUUUAAGCCUCUUCUAUAAAUUCACCUGGCUCACCUAGGCUCUCAUAUUUUCAGGACUGGCUGUCAAGAGUGAGAUGAAGUCCUAAACUCCAGGCUUUGGGGCAAACCAGGGUAGGGCAUUUUGGCAUUCAUUCAUUUAUCAAAUACUUCCUGGGGUUUCUGUUGA